CUCCCACGGGCUCCCCCUGCACCGGCGCUGGACAUGGGCUCCGCGGGCACCCGGCCCGCUCUGGCGGCCGCUCUCCUCUGCCUGGCCCGCCUGGCUCUGGGCUCGCCCUGCCCGGCCGUGUGCCAGUGCCCGGCGGCCACGCCGCAGUGCGCCCCGGGCGUGGGGCUGGUGCCGGACGGCUGCGGCUGCUGCAAGGUCUGCGCCAAGCAACUGAACGAGGACUGCAGCCGAUCGCAGCCCUGCGACCACACCAAGGGGCUGGAGUGCAACUUCGGGGCCAGCCCCGCCGCCCUGAAGGGCAUCUGCAGAGCACAGUCCGAGGGAAGACCAUGUGAAUAUAACUCCAAAAUCUACCAGAACGGCGAGAGCUUCCAGCCGAACUGUAAACACCAGUGUACGUGCAUAGAUGGAGCUGUGGGCUGCAUCCCGCUCUGCCCGCAGGAGCUCUCUCUUCCCAACCUGGGCUGCUCCAGCCCCAGGCUGGUCAAAGUGCCCGGGCAGUGCUGUGAGGAGUGGGUCUGUGACGAAAGCAAGGAUGCACUGGAGGAGCUGGAAAGCUUUUUCAGCGAAGAGUUUGGUCCGGAUGAUUCCGAAGGCGAAUUAACCAGGAACAAUGAGCUAAUUGCCAUUGUGAAGGGAGGCCUGAAAAUGCUACCCGUUUUUGGAUCUGAGCCACAAAGCCGAACUUUUGAGAAUCCCAAAUGCAUUGUGCAAACAACCUCUUGGUCCCAGUGCUCAAAGACGUGUGGAACUGGCAUCUCCACAAGGGUGACAAAUGACAAUCCUGACUGCAAGCUCAUCAAGGAGACCAGGAUAUGUGAAGUGAGGCCAUGUGGCCAGCCCAGCUAUGCCUCCCUAAAGAAGGGAAAGAAGUGUACCAAGACAAGGAAGUCUCCCUCCCCGGUGAAGUUUACUUAUGCUGGAUGUUCCAGUGUGAAGAAGUACCGGCCCAAGUACUGUGGCUCCUGCGUGGAUGGCAGGUGCUGCACACCCCAGCAGACCAGGACUGUCAAGGUCAGGUUCCGCUGCGAUGACGGGGAAACCUUCACCAAGAGUGUCAUGAUGAUCCAGUCCUGCCGAUGCAGCUACAACUGCCCGCAUGCCAAUGAAGCCUACCCCUACUACAGACUAGUCAAUGACAUUCAUAAAUUUAGGGACUAACUUGUGUUGGGGGUGGGAUGCAAAACAGAAUUCUGAAGUACCCAGCCACGGAGGAAGAACUUUUGAUGGAAGUGGUGCCUUGCCCAUUUGAGGGCAACAUCAAGAUGUUACAGGAGUGCACUGUGCAACUGGACACUAAUGCAACAGAGAUUUAAGCAUACUUAAAGCUUCAUAAUACUGGAGCAACUUUACUGCUUCUUUUUGGAGCACCUUAUCUAAUUAUAUACUGUUUUCUGUUUGUAAGUGAUCAGAUUAAUGUUUUGUUCCGGUUAUGAAAACUUUUCUAUCCUGUUCAGUUUAACACUAUGCUUCUUCCCCUUCCUUCAGUCUUCUCCCACCCUUUCCCAACUAAGUUGGAAGUUACAUUCCUUCCUGAGGUGGGCACCUGUGGGGUGUUCACAGUGGCAGCUAUUAUGUACCAACUGUAGUUUAAUGGCAAACAGAAAUCAGUUGUUUUAAAGCUGAGUAUUUUAUUUAUCGAACUGUAGCUUUUUGUUUGUUUGUUUCCUCUGAGGUUUUUUUACCCCUUCCAGCCCCUGUAAUACUGGAAUAAGUUGUAAAUGAUUUUAAUUUUAUAUUCAAUGAAUUAAAAGAAUUUAUUUAUGGAAUUAAUCAUUUAAUAAAGAAAUAUUUACCUAA